AUGGGAUGUUGCAAUUUGUUCAGAUUUCCUCGCGGAAAGGAUCGAGACAGGCCUAGGAUACCGGCACCACAAGUCGCUGUGCCCACCAGUGACGACUUGCAAGAGAAGCGGAGCGAGGAGGGGCCGAAAACCUCCUCCACGACGGAUCUACAGUCACCGAGCACCAGCACCCCAGAACUGGUAGCGGAGAGCUUACCCGGACGUCUAUGGAACCUGGCAUACGACCAGCUCAUAUCAAAGGAUCCGAAAUUGAUCGAACACUAUGAGAGCAUCCUAUCAAGCCAAAUCGAUGGACAAGAGCUUAAGGCCGUGGACCUCGAUACACAGAUCAACAACAUCAGCUCAGGGCAGCCAAGAUCACUGCAGAUGCGCCAGCUCGUUGACUCUGGAUUGCUCAGGACGGAGAAGGCAGCUGCGACUAACGAAGCACUCGCGCAAGGCCUGCAGGUGUUCAAUGUCGUCAAGGAUAGCGUCGCAACAGCUACCAGAGCUUCUCCAGAAGCCUCUAUAGCUUGGGUACCGAUCUGCCUUGCUCUUGAUAUACUCAUGAAUCCACUCACCCAACAGUCUUUUAAUAGAGAUGGAAUCGCUUACGUCGUAUCGAGGAUGGAUUGGUACUGGCAUCUAGCUGAUCUUCUCCUAGAGAGAAACCAAGAAGCCCGACGAUCGCAGCCGCUGCAAGAUCAACUCGAGAAGAAUCUCGUCGACCUUUACACUCGUCUUCUGGCAUACCAGAUCAAAAGUAUCAUUACAUACCAUCGCAAACGUGGCACUGUUUUUGCAAGAGACCUUGUCAAGUGGGAUGAUUGGGAAGGUGAGCUGGCUGCCAUCAAGGAGAUGGAAGAAUCGAUACGCCAAGAUGCAGCUCAAUUCAGCACGCAUGAAAUCCGCAACGAACUCCAAACUAUUGCGAAAAAAGCCAAGUCACAGGACAUCAGCCUGCAUAACAUUGUGACGAGUAUCCAGGAGCAAACCGCGCACUCUCUGGCGUAUACGAAGAGUGCCGCGGACAGCAAGUGUCUCCAAGACCUGUUCCUGACGAACCCCAGUCACGACAGGAAAAGGCUCAAACAUGGAAAAGGAGGAUUAUUGGAUGCCUCUUUCCGAUGGAUACUUGACAAUGCGGAGUAUCGGCGUUGGCGGGAUGACCGUGAAGAGCGAUUACUCUGGGUUGAAGGUUCACCCGGUCAGGGCAAAACAAUGCUUAUGUGCGGCAUCAUUGACGCACUCGCGCAAACUGUGGCGGCGGGUGAUCUCAUGUCUUACUUCUUCUGCCAGACAUCGGAACCGAACAAUAACAACGCAACGGCAGUCUUACGGGGCCUCAUCCAUUAUCUGAUUGGCCAGCAGCCCUCACUUGUACGCUAUGUACGGCUGGAGUAUGAUCGCGUGGGCGAAAAGUUAUUCGCCGACGCGAAUACAUGGACAGCUCUGUCCGGGAUCAUUACCAGUAUGCUAGACGACAUGUACAUACGACAUGGGAAAAUCUACCUCAUCAUAGACGCUAUGGACGAAUGCAUCGACCCCGAAGAUCGAAGAAGACUCUUGGAACUGAUUGUACAGAUUUCAAGAAAGCUACCACACACCAAGUGGAUAAUCUCCUCACGCGGCUGGAACGAUAUUCGCGAUGUGCUUACUGAGCAUCCUCAAAUGCUCCAUCUUCAACUCGACCCCAAAUCCGAAGCUAUACUUGAUGCAGUCGAUACCUACAUUGAACACAAAGUCAAAGCGUUGACUGAUAAGAAGAGAUUGGGCCCAACGGAUACCGAAACGAUCCGCGACUACCUAAAGAAGAAUGCUGGAGGGACCUUCUUAUGGGUAGCGUUAGUCUGCAAGAGGUUAGAGCUCUCGAAACGCAUGUUCUACAAAAAGGACAUGCAGUCCUUCCCUCCUGGGCUCGAACAGCUGUACGGAAGGAUGCUCCAGCAAGUUCAGAGCUUAGAUGAGCGGGAAUCGAAGCUUUACAAGUUUGUGCUCGGGGUAGUGCUAAUAUUACCAAGACCUCCUCAGACAUACGAAUUGGCCCAUUUAGUGAAAGAGCUAGACCAGGUUGGCGAUAAAGUAGGAAUGAUGCGAGACAUCAUUCGAGAAUGUGGGUCAUUUCUCUCAGAGCAGAAUGACAAAGUCCUCUUUGUCCACCAAUCCGCGAAAGACUACCUACUGGGCCAUGGCAAAAGUGCUAUCGAUUGA